AGGACACGCCUCCCUUUACCCUUGUGUGUCCGUGUUCUCUGUGCCGGCGCCUAGUGGAGCUGUGUGGUGCUCGUGCCUCGUUCUUCCGGUCCGGAUCCUCGGUGUGGUCGGUAUUCAGCUCACAGCUCAGCCAUGUUCGGGGCCUCUCUUCUCCGGCUAUGUGUGUCCUCCGGUGCUCGCAGCCUAGCCCGCUGCCGCCCGCAGCCUCAGCUCGCCGCUUCCCAAGUUGCAAUAGCUUCUCGGUGCUAUUCUCAUGCCAAACACGAAUCGGAUGAGGAAUUCGAUGCUCGUUGGGUUACGUACUUCAGCAAGCCAGACAUUGAUGCAUGGGAGCUUAGGAAAGGUAUAAACACACUCGUCGGUUACGAUUUAGUUCCUGAACCAAAAAUUAUUGAUGCUGCCUUGCGCGCUUGCAGACGGUUAAAUGACUUUGCAAGUUCUGUCCGUAUUUUGGAAGCAGUGAAGGACAAGGCUGGACCUCACAAGGAAAUCUACCCCUAUGUCAUCCAGGAGCUCAGACCGACUUUAGACGAGCUUGGUAUCUCUACCCCAGAAGAGCUCGGCCUGGACAAGGCAUGAUCAUUACAGGUUAUCCAUCCAAAAGUUUUAUGAACAUCUAUCUACUUGAUUGUAAAGAGCCAUCCACUAAUACAAAGAUGUUAACAUAUUACCUUUAUUUGAAGAAAAAUGCAACAAAGUGUUCUUUUAUUGAGUCCCAAUGUGUGUAAUAUUAUGUCGGACCUAAUAAAGGGAUAUUGUUUAAUCCGA